CACAACAAGCAAACACAAGCUCAAAAAGAAUUGAACAGGCUAACUUAUUGCGAGUUUGAUGAAAGAAACUAAGUACAGUUUUUCAGUUCAAAGCAAAAAUGAAUUCAGGGCGUGGUGGUAGUCGAUUCUCUGGUUUCAGUGUUGGUCCAAGACCUAGACCGAAUGUAAACAAAUCUAGUGGCGGUCUUCAUGCAGUUCCCCCGCCACCGUCGAUGCAAAGACCAGGCAAUGCAAACACUAUACCUCUAGCCCCAAGAUUUUCUCGUCCCGGUUUACCUGGUAGUAGCAGUUUUUCCAGUUCUAACCGAUUUAAUCCUGCACCUGGGGCUGGUCCCAUCAGUGUUGAGAUUGUAUCACCAGUGUCAGUUAGUAAGCAGGGCUAUAGUACUCUAAACGCAAUAAGCCAAAGUGCGAUUAAUACAACAUAUGGUGUACCCACCAAUAGGCCGAAAACAGAAGACGAUUACUUUGAUGAAGAUGAUGAAGAACCCUCUUCAAAUGAACCUCUAUAUCAACCAGGACCUGAUUCACCUAACUUUAAAGCAAAUGCUGAAUCUGAUGAUGAAGAAGACCCUUUAGAUGCCUUUAUGAAUGAUCUGAACAAGAAAGUUAAAAAAGAAGAAGUUAAAGUUCCCCAAAAAGAAGAAUCAAACGCAAAAGGGAAAGGCAAAGCAGUACGCCAUGAUAUCGAAGAGGAAGAUGAUGAAGAAUCAUAUUAUCGGUAUAUUAAAGAAAAUCCACUGGCUGGAUUGCAAGGAGAUGAUUCAGAUUCAGAGCAAAUUGAAUAUGAUGAAGAUGGAAUUCCAAUUAAACUUGGAAAAAAACACAUUGACCCUCUCCCCCCUAUCGAUCACUCUUCUAUUACCUACUCUCCAUUCGAAAAGAAUUUCUAUGAAGAGCAUGAGGAGAUCAAAAACUUACCUCUUAACCAAGCCAAUGAACUGAGAGAAACACUUGGUUUGAAAGUGAGUGGGAUUUCUAUACCCAAACCAGUUUGCAGUUUUGCCCAUUUCAAUUUUGACGAGAAGCUCAUGAACGUUAUUCGCAAAUCUGAGUUUACGAACCCGACUCCUAUCCAGUCUCAAGCAAUCCCAGCAGCGUUAUCAGGACGAGAUGUUAUUGGUAUAGCUCAAACUGGUAGCGGAAAAACGGCCGCUUUCCUCUGGCCAAUGAUCGUUCAUAUAUUGGAUCAACCGGAUCUGAAACCAGGUGAUGGACCCAUUGGUCUUAUUUUAGCACCGACUCGCGAGCUCAGUCAACAAAUCUACACCGAGGCAAAGAAGUUUUGCAAAGUUUUUGGUAUUAGUGUUGUUUGCUGUUAUGGUGGUGGUUCGAAAUGGGAACAGUCGAAAGAUUUAGAACAAGGGGCAGAAAUCGUUGUGGCUACUCCUGGUCGAAUGAUUGACUUGGUUAAAAUUAAAGCAACGAAUUUACAACGUGUCACAUUUUUGGUUUUGGACGAAGCAGAUCGAAUGUUUGACAUGGGAUUUGAACCCCAAGUGCGAUCUAUUUGCAAUCACGCUCGACCUGAACGACAAACUCUUCUUUUCAGUGCCACAUUUAAAAAAAGAAUUGAAAAACUAGCACGCGAUGUGCUGUCGGAUCCAAUUCGAAUUGUUCAGGGUGAUGUCGGGGAAGCCAAUCAAGACGUUACUCAAGUGAUAGAAGUGAUAGCUCCUACAGCCAAGUAUAGCUGGCUGAUUACACGUUUAGUCGAGUUUAUGGCCUCAGGUUCCGUAUUGAUUUUCGUGACUAAAAAGGCAAAUGCCGAGGAGCUUUCUGCCAGUCUAAAAUCUAGAGAAGUCUCCGUUGCCCUACUGCAUGGUGACAUGGAUCAAGUCGAUCGUAAUCAAGUCAUUAGCUCGUUCAAAAAGAAAGAGAUGGAUAUUCUCGUAGCCACCGAUGUGGCUGCUCGCGGUCUUGACAUUCCUCACAUACGGACAGUCGUCAACUACGACAUUGCUCGCGAUAUUGAUACGCAUACUCACAGGAUCGGAAGAACAGGUCGUGCUGGUGAAAAAGGCACAGCUUAUACUUUAGUUACUCCCGCAGACAAAGAAUUUGCGGGUCAUUUGGUCAGGAAUUUGGAAGGAGCAAGUCAAGUUGUGUCAGAACCUUUGAUGGAUCUUGCUAUGCAAAGUGCAUGGUUUCGCAAAUCUCGUUUCAAGGGUGGACAAGGUCGGAAGCCGAACGUUGGGGGAAGAGGUUUAGGAUACUCGGACAAAUCUCUCACUGGAGCCAAUAAAACGCUAACUGGGGCCAAUGCAAUUAAACCUUCUUUUCAGAGUGGACCUAGUUCAUACUCGAAACCUACUACACCGGGACCAGCCGCCGCAGCUGGACCAAGUGGAGGUCGUUUGGCUGCGAUGAAAGCUGCUUUUCAAUCUCAAUAUAAAUCGCAGUUCUGCAGCAGCUCUGAUGAUAAACCAGCAGCACCUGUGACUUCUAGUUCGACUCCAGCCGCUGAAAGCAGUGGAGACCGUCCCGUGAAGAAAAAGAGCAGAUGGGACGAUUGAAAGUAGCAAAAAUACUGGUUCAUUCAUAAGUCUUGGCGAUCGUGUAAAAAAUAAACAAUGCGACAUCAUAA